UCACCCAUCCCAGGUCUAGUCACCCACUGUAACUGUAACCCUCCACUAUUACGUCCUUUUAGUUAAGAUCUGUGGCCCAUGACUAGUCCACUGCUUUAGGACACUGUUGUUGGCAUAAUAUGACGGUUGCCAACCCUCUGUAUUCUCUUCUCCUCACACCGUUGAUAUCACUUCUUAUCAUACUCGGCACAAUCGAAGGCGUCGAAUUCAGGAUCGAAGAAGCGACAAUCGAACAGAUCGAAUGGGCAUUCGGCGCCAACAAGCUCACAUCGAGACAGCUAGUCGACUUCUACAUCGGCCAAAUCCAAGCCCUCAAUCCUCUUCUUCGCAGCGUCGUAGAACUCAAUCCAGACGCGCAGGAUCAGGCGGACAAGGCUGAUUUGGAGAGAAGCAAUAUUGAAUGCCGAUCUUUGGGAAAGUUGCACGGGAUCCCGGUGCUGCUGAAGGAUACAAUAGCAACUAAGGACAAGCUGAACACGACGGCAGGGUCGUACGCGCUGCUGGGCUCGGUGGUGGCUCGGGACGCGACGGUGGUGGAGCGGCUGAGGAAGGCAGGGGCCGUGAUUUUGGGGAAAGCGAGUCUUAGCGAGUGGUACAAGUUUCGGUCUUUGAGUCACGUGCCAAACGGGUGGUGCGCUAGAGCUGGACAAGGAGUGAAUCCCUACUCUUCAUCUGGGGAUCCAUGCGGGUCGAGCAGUGGAUCGGCUAUCUCAGUGGCUGCAAACAUGGUAGCAGUGUCAGUUGGAUCUGAAACUCAUAGUUCCAUAAUAUGUCCUGCAGAUCAUAAUUCUGUUGUGGGAUUCAAGCCGACUGUUGGCCUCACAAGCCGAGCCGGUGUCAUUCCUGUUAUGCCGAGCAGAGACACCAUUGGGCCCAUAUGCAGGACAGUGUCUGAUGCAGUUUACUUGCUUGAUGUAAUUGCGGGUUUUGAUCCAAGAGAUUAUGAAGCAACAAAAGCAGCAGCGAAGUUCAUACCUGUGGGUGGCUACAAACAAUUUCUCAACAUGAAUGGGCUCGAAGGAAAAAGAUUGGGGGUUGUCAGGAGACUGUUUUCGACAUUGUUGAAUGGAUCCACAGUUAUUCCCACUUUUGAGGGUCAUCUGGAUACAUUAAGGAAAAAAGGUGCAGUUAUUGUGGACAAUCUUGAAAUAGAAAAUGUUGAUAUCAUUCUAAAUCCUGGGCGGAGCGGUGAGCUAACAGUAAUGAUGGCUGAGUUCAAGCUGUACUUAAAUGACUACUUAAAGGAGCUUCUCACUUCUCCAGUGAGAUCACUUGCGGAUGUUAUUGCUUUCAACCAAAAUAACCCUGAAUUGGAGAAGCUUUACGAGUAUGGUCAGGACACAUUCAUUGCGGCAGAAAAGACAAACGGGAUUGGAGAGAAAGAGAAGAAAGCAUUAGAAAUGAUGGAGAAAUUGUCACAAGAAGGAUUUCAGAAAAUGAUGAUGGAAAAUGAAUUGGAUGCAUUGGUGACACCAGGAACAGGAGCCAUCCCAAUCAUGGCAGUUGGAGGAUACCCUGCAAUAACUGUUCCAGCUGGUUAUGACAGCACCGGAAUGCCAUUUGGGAUAUCUUUUGGAGCAUUAAAGGGCAUGGAACCAAAACUAAUUGAAAUUGCCUAUGCAUUUGAACAAGCCACCAUGCUAAGGAGGCCUCCAUUUUCUGAAUCAUUCAAGUUAACUAGUUCAUAAUUGUCUUGUUGCUUCUCUAUGAAGUAGAUGCCUCUUAUACUUUUUUAAUAUGGGUCAGUAAUAAGAUUGAUGGCAACUGAUACCCCAGUCAUUGAUUCAACUA